AGUAAAGUAGUUUGUCAGCGAAUCAUGAAGCUCAACAUCGCGUACCCGCGCAACGGUACGGUGAAGCAGUUCGAAAUCACGGACGACGUGCUGCGCCGUGUUCAGCUGCAGGACUACCGCCUCGGCAACGACGUCGACGGUGCCAUCUUCGGUGAGGAGUUCAAGGGCUACAUCUUCCGCCUUCGCGGUGGCUCGGAUAAGGAUGGUUUCCCGAUGGUGCCCGGCGUGCUGGCCUCCAGCCGUGUCUCGCUGCUGGUGAAGCGCGGUGCGAUCGGCUUCAACACCUUCCGUGGCUACCAGGGUGAGCGUCGCCGCAAGAACGUGCGCGGCUGCGUGCUGGCGAGCGACAUCGCGGUCGUCAACGUGACCAUCUCCAAGGUCGGCGACCAGCCGAUCGAGGGCGUCACGGACACGACCGCGCCGCGCCGUCUCGGCCCCAAGCGCGCCAGCAAGAUCCGCAAGCUCUUCAACCUGUCCCGUGGCGACGACGUGCGCAAGUACGUGGUGCGCCGCCGCGUGUCGAAGGACGGCAAGAAGGACCGCAUGAAGGCCCCGAAGAUCCAGCGCCUCAUCACGCCGAAGAUCAAGGCCCGCCGGUACCAGAAGGCCCAGUCCGCCCUCGAGCACGUGCGCCGCUCUGCCGCGGAGCGCCGUGAGUACCUGCGCCUGAUCGCGUCGCACCGCCGUGCCCUGCGUCAGCGCGACCACGCCAAGAAGCACACCCGCAAGGUGCAGGCCCAGCGCGCUGAGGUGGCCGCCUUCCAGAAGAAGUAA